AUGUCGAGUUCCGCCCGCGCCCGAUCAGCCUACCGCGCAAUCUUGCGAGAACUGCCUCCUCGGCCGUCCCAACCAAAAACCCCUCUGCAUCACAAACUGCGCGAGUCUUUCGCCAGCAAUUCCUCCACCCAUCAUGGCUUAGCACAGGCCGACCAACUGGUCCAAUACCUCAAAGCCCAACGGCAAUAUGUCACACUGGUCGAACGCUACAACCCUGGGAUGGAUAUGGAUGAAGAGACAAGAGUCAGAUUGACAGCACGGAGAGUGGGCAUGGAGUUGCCCAUAUUGUUCACCACGGAGGGUGAGAAGGGAGAGGAAUGA